AUGGCCGACACAAUGGCCGACACAGCAGAACAAGUCGAGACGGCGCCGGUCGCUGAACAGGAGGGCCAGGAUAUGGCAUUGGCCACAACGAAUACCGAAGUCGCGGCGCCAACUGGAAAGAAGGUUGUCAAAAAGAUCAUUCGCAAGAAGAAGCGACCUGCGCGAGCCCAAGUCGACCCCGAUUUCAUCACAUCAGAGCCUCCUCCUCAGACGGGUACAAUUUUCAAUAUCUGGUACAACAAGUGGUCUGGAGGCGACCGAGAAGACAAGUAUCUGUCCAAGACCAAGGCCAAGGGCCGUUGCAAUGUUGUUAAGGACAGCGGAUACACCAAGGCGGACGCGCUCCCUGGAAGCUACUUCUGCUUGCGCUUCGCACGUGGAAUCUGCCCCAACGGCCAGGAUUGCGAAUUCCUUCACAGGCUGCCCGGAACCUACGAUCACUUUAAUCCCAACGUCGACUGUUUUGGACGCGACAAGUUUUCUGAUUACCGAGAUGAUAUGGGUGGUGUGGGAAGUUUCAUGAGGCAAAAUAGAACAGUCUACGUCGGAAGGAUUCACGUUACCGAUGAUAUUGAAGAGAUUGUUGCGCGACACUUUGCAGAAUGGGGCCCAGUCGAGCGCAUUCGUGUUCUUAACACCAGAGGUGUCGGUUUCGUCACAUAUGUCAACCAGGCCAACGCCGAAUUCGCCAAAGAGGCCAUGUCGCAUCAGUCGCUCGACCAUGACGAAGUACUCAAUGUUCGCUGGGCAACCGCCGAUCCCAACCCCAUGGCGCAAGCGCGAGAGGCGCGCAACAUUGAAGAGCAAGCUGCCGAUGCUAUUCGCAGAGCCCUUCCCGCAGAGUUCGUCGCCGAGAUCGAAGGCCGCGACCCCGAGGCUAGAAAGAGAAGGAAGAUCGAAAGUAGCUAUGGUCUUGAAGGAUACGAGGCGCCGGAUGAAGUUCACUUUGCUCGAGGAGCCCAAUCAGUAAACCCCUUGGGCCGACAAGGCUUCGGUGUGGAAUACCAGGAACGGCCAAUGAUCGAGAACGGCGAGUCCAGCGAGACACCGGCCCAGGUGGAAGAGCAACAACCGUACCAAGAGCCCCAGCAAGAGGCCGGUGGUAUUUUCUCAGGUAGCACUCUUGCUGCUCUUAAUAAGGCCAAGAUAUCAGUGGCCUCGAAACCCAAGGCCGCAGCUUCAGCGGGACCUCUAGUGGCAUACGGCAGCGACAGCGACAGCGAUGAUGAAUAG